AAUACAACAUUUGAUGGAUCUGGCAUAGAAUGUUCAUACCUAAUGACAGGCCAUCGGUUCUCCAGCUUCCGAAGCAUGAAAAGGAUUCGACUGCCGCCGAUAUCAAGUCAAUUGUGGCAAAUCGAGAUCGAAGAUUGAUAGCAGUCGCAACAAAUGAUGCGAUUUACAUUUGGCUGGCAAAUCCCCAACUGCUCCUGUGCUCCGUCGGGGUUAUCGAUGCCAAUUUCAAAGAAACACGUGGAGAAUUAAAAGAAAUUUACUGGAAACCUGACUCAACAAGUAUAGCUGUAACGACAAAUCAAUGCAAAAUUUUAAUCUAUAAUCUAGAUUUGCGAGACGAUGAACAAUGCUACAAUUUCACAGACUCUGCGGAUCCAUAUUUCCAACGAAACUCACCGGAACUUUUUAUAAAAGGAUCUCGACCGACAGCUCAUCUUCAUCCAACAAUAAUCAUAAAUCUGGCUGAUAUACCAACAUGUUGUGUUCCUUCUCGUGAUGAAUUUCUUGUUUGCCUUCAAAAUGGAUUCACUCAUCAUGUCACUUGGACUGGAGAGAUUAUUGCAAGCCUCUCAUUCCGUGCCAGUUCAAUUCCGUUCUCCGUGGAUCAACUUCAGUCGAAAUCUGAAAAUAUUACUUCAAAAUCCACGUAUAUCUUUGACGCCGUGUAUGCUCCACUUCUCGGAGGAUUUGCGAUUGUACUUUCCGAUGGUCAAGGUGCUCUAUUGACGUCGAAUGAUCCGAAUUUUGCACCUAAUGCAAUUCUGGGAGUGUGGGCUCCGAAUAUGAAAGAUGCCACGUGUUGCGAUGUGAAUCACAAGUUCCUUCUGAUUCUUUUUGGAUGUAAAAACGGCGACGUUUGUGCCUAUAACAUCGAUGAACUAAAUGGCUCACUCGUUCAAUCGUUCCGAGUUGCUCCAAAAGUAACAAAUGGUCCUGACUUGACGAAUCGACUGGGUCCGGUUCACCGAAUAACAGCCCUCGCGAAUGGAUACGGAUUCGGUGCAAUUUGGUCUCCACUAUCCGGAGCUCAUGCUCUUCCUCGGCUCGUCGCAGUUUUCACUUCAUUCGGAGCUCAAUCAUUUUGCAAUCUGGAAGGUGUCGUCGAAGAAGAUCAAAAUGAUAGAUACACGGCUAUUGAAUGGGGUCCAGAAGGUUUCCAACUGUGGCUUGGAACUGAAAAUGAGCUUAUGAUGCAACCAUUCGUGAGGAGUGCUUCAUGUUCAAGCCCGGCAAUGGAACAUUGUGAUAGAGCUGUAUUGAUGAGUGACUCGCAGGUUUUGAUCAGUGCUGCAAGGGAUCGAGAAGCAGAAGCUUGUGCACCGCAUUCUGUAUGGGAUCAUAUUACAGUUACACAUGAAUAUCUAUCAUCUAAUUGGCCACUGAGAUAUGCAUCAACUGAUCGAAACUAUAAACAUCUCGUCGUGGCCGGUGAUCAAGGAAUGGCAUAUUGUUCAUUAUCCAAUCGACGUUGGAAGAUUUUUGGAAAUGAGACUCAAGAGAAGAAUCUCUUGGUCACUGGAGGUGUCUUUAUUUGGAAUGAUGACGUCAUUGGAGUUGUUGGAGUUGCUGCGGAUACUGACAAGUCCCAUCUCUCAUUUUAUCCAAUUUCUCAGAGACUUGACAGUCGAUAUGCGUCGGUUGUGGAUUUGGAGCAUAAAUCGGUCAUGUCCGUGUUACGCGACGACGUUUGUGCAGUAUUCGAUAUAUCGGCUCAAAUUACGCUUUAUAAGCUCACGGCUCACUUGGAAACUGGACGAGAUGCUUUUACAAAAGUCUCCACUGAAAUUGUGACUGUUAUUCGAAUCAACGAAAUUGUUCCACAUCCAACAUGUAUUGUAUCUCUUCAAAUGACACAGCUGAAUCUGGAUGUACGGGGGAAGUUGUCACCUGCAUUUUAUUCAAGUAUCGAUACUGUGCUGGUUAAUAUUUCGGGAAGAUUGAUCACUUUGAGUGUUAAUGAGGAUGGAAAGCUCCAUCAACCCAUGGUAAUCGCGUCAUACGUGGAAAAAAUGUGGCAUGACCGUUGUCAAGUCUCCCAAUCAACCCAGUCUCAAAAUCAAGAUCUUCCAUGGAAGAACCAUCGGCGAAAUGGAUCAAAUGUUUCAAUCCAAAGUGUUUCCACAUCAACAACUUCAGAACCAUCAUCUCCAAUGAAUCAAUCAUGUUCUUCACAUUUGAGUAAUGCUUUAUGGAUUGCUUGUGGUGCAAAAGGAAUCAAAGUUUGGAUGCCGUUGGUGCCAGGAAAACGAAAUUUAGCCACACAGGAAAUGACGUUUAUCGCGAAACGAAUAAUGCUUCCAUUUGAACUUGAUAUCUAUCCAAUUGUGAUUAGUGCCAAAGAUUGUCUUGCAAUGGGUGUCGAGAGUCAACUACAACAUGUUGCAAGAGCUUCAAGAAAUCAAGGACAAAUGGAAAGUAUCACUAUGUAUGGACUUCAUCGCAAUAGUGAAGUAUUUGUGCAUCACCUGCUCCGACAACUUUUGAAGCGAAAUCUUGGAGUUUUUGCUUUGGAGCUCGCCGGAGCCUGUCGUUCUCUUCCACAUUUCACGCAUGCUCUUGAGCUUUUGCUCCAUGGAGUCCUUGAAGAAGAAGCUACAAGUAGUGAACCAAUUCCAGAUCCUCUUCUCCCAAGAUGUGUAGCUUUUAUUCACGAAUUUCCAGAAUUUCUGAAAACCGUAGCACAUUGUGCACGAAAAACUGAAUUGGCACUUUGGAGAACGUUAUUUGAUGUCACAGGAUCUCCAAAUGCACUAUUCGAAGAAUGUCUACAACUGAAACAACUCGAAAAUGCUGCAAGUUUCGUGAUUGUCCUGCAAAAUCUUGAAACCACCGAAGUGAGUAUGGAUCAAGCAGCGAGACUUGUGAAGGAAGCAUUAGAAGAGAAAAAAUGGACGAUUGCGAAGGAAAUGGUCAGAUUUGCAAGAUCUAUUGGUUCGGAGGAUAUUGAUGCAUUUUUCAGAACACCUCCACCAAGUGCCAAGACUUCUCUAUCCCGCCGACCUACAGUAUCCUCACCGUCCGCUGAUUCUUCCACUGAAUUCGUGAUUAAUAGAUUUCAAGCGGGAGCUGCUGGAGGAAGAUUAAAUAAAGUUCGACAUUCACAGAGUACUGAGCAAAAAGAUGCACCGAGAAAAGAUUCGAUUGGCGGAAGUUCAAAGGAUAAAAUGGCGUUGUCUUGGGGCCUAUCUGGUGAACUUUCUCCACAAUUGGCUACGAAUCGACUCGCCGCAAAAAUGACAUCAAUUCUAGAAGAUCACGCGUGGCAUUUGCUGAAUAAUUAUUGGCUUCUAGAUCUUGGAUUCUUCUGGUCCGAACUUCAAUUCGAUUUGCUCGGUCUUUUGGAGACGCGACGGAAACAAAUUUCUCUUUCACCGAAAACUACAAACGAAAAUUGCUUUUUGAUUGAAGAUUUUGCCUUGGCACUUACAAGACUCCAUGCUCAAUUCUCGUGGCCAUAUCCUCUCAUCGGUUCUCAAUUCGUGCAUCAAAUUGAGAAGAAGCUUGGAAAUAUUCGUGUCAGCCAGAGUACUGCAAGCUUGAAUGGACUACUAAAUGACUCAUUGGAUAAUAUAAAGAAGCCUAAAGCCAGAAAAUUGGAAAGGACUGUAGUUGAUUUAAAUGGAGCUAGAUCGAGAAUUCGUGAAACGGAUAUUGAAGCUAGCGAAGAAGACGUUGAGAUUCAAGAAGCCGUGCUGGAAAGAGUACGUGGAAGUGCUGUGGAACUGGCACCAGUAAUCGAUAGAUCCCCAUCGACAUCUUCUUCAAUGAAUCAUCAUGCUCCAUUGGCUCCACCGUCACCUUCAUCCUGUGAUUCUCGAAGUCUUGCCGGAGACUGCUACCAGAAUACUGAUUUCUUAGUUGGAGAAAAAUCUUCGCGUGGAAAUUUGCAAAGUAGUCAUCAACUGGAACUUCUUCUUUCUCUAUUCUCCCAGACUGCUACUAUUGACUGGAUAUUCCUUUUCUGUCUGUUAAGUCGGGAUGAACGAAAGCUUCGACAGGAGAUCAACGUUUCGAUGGUUCGAAGAGCCGGUGAGAAGAGCUUCGCCAGAGUUCGAUUCGCGUGCAGUGAGCUCUCGAGAUGGGCGGUCGAGAAAUGCUGUGGAUACGUGGCACUUUUACAAGCAUUCGAUGCUCAUUUGGCAGUGGUUGCCGAACAAGCAGGAUGUGCUGAUCUCAAAUUCUCACCUGAUAAUGAGAAUCGGAAAGCUUCACAGAAAACGAGUGCUGACGAUCCAAAACGCGGCCGGAGACGAGCGGAUUCUGGAAGUUCUAAGCUAAAUAAUUCGUUUUCGAAUCCAAAAUUAAAUGGAAUGAAUGGAGGAAGACGAGAACGGAGUCGCAGCGCAGAUAGAGCUCAUAAAUCGGUGAAAAGAUAUGAUGAUGUCGUUUGUGCUGAGGAUGCUCUUGAGAAAGCCAAUGAAGAAGGAUGCUCAAUCAUGUAGCCAAUGGAAAAGCCCACAAUUAUUGUUUUAAAUCUUUUUUUUCGAAAAUCCAAAUUCUCACACAGGUUUCCUUCUCAAUUAUGAUAUCCCCUCCCUCCCAUUGGUUUUUGCCAUUUUCAUGUAUUAUGUAUAGGUCUAUAACUGUGAUGUGUGAUACACUCGACAAACAAUUGCUAAAAAUAAACGGUGCUAGAGUUAUGUCAGGAUAUAAUCUAGAUUUCUAUUAUUUAUUUGUGUCCCCCUUUUUCUUUUUCUUUUCUUUUCCUUUAACCUAUUAAUCUUAUGAAUAUCGAUAUUUU